AUGAUGUCAAAAUGGAGUAUUAUGUCCAGCUAUGCGCAGUGCUGGAUGCAACCUCGAAGAGGGGAUUUUCUGGGAGUGUAUCGAGGAUCUUUAGAGUCCAAGAUGGCUCAAUUUUUUCUCCAAGAACAGAAGGACGAUCGACUUAGAAGCCGAAAGCUGUUGAAGAAAAUUUAUUCGUGAUCAAGAUCAUACCAGGUUUAA